AUGCCUCGUCAACGCCGUGGUGCCGCUACCCCAGCGCGCAGCGCUCCUACCAGACCUACUGCUGCUCCCGCCGCCAGACCGGCUCCUGCGCAGCAGCAGUACCAGCCUCAUUCGACCUCUGCGACCGCUCACCCUCCUCAGGCUCAGCAGGCUCCUCCUCCCCCGGUUGUCCAGCAGAGCUCCGGUCCCGGUCUCUUCGGCCAGAUGGCCUCGACUGCUGCUGGUGUCGCCGUCGGCUCUUCCAUCGGCCACGCCAUCGGUGGCUUCUUCUCUGGCGGCUCCAGCGCCCCCGCCGAAGCCCAGCAGGCUCCUCCCGCCCAGGCUCAGCCCAUGGACAACGGUCUGUACCAGAGCGCCGCCUCUACCAACGCAUGGGAGAACCCUGCCUGCGCCUCCGACGUCCAGAACUUCCGCAAGUGCAUGGAUGACAACCAGGGUAACCUGAGCAUCUGUGGUUGGUAUUUGGACCAGCUGAAGGCUUGCCAGGCUGCCGCUAAGCAGUACUAA